GAUUAACAGCAGAAUCGGUGUAUGGUUUCACCACGUCGUUUACCACAGUACUAGAAGUAGUCUAGCCAAUCGAUCUACCCUCCAAACCUGCAGCUCCGCCUGACUCAGUCCAUUUCAUUACGACACGCGGAUUUGGGAUAAAGACGAGCCGCGACGCAAGCUCACGAUGUCCAUUUCUAAUGUACAAGCGACACCAUCCAUCCAGAUAUGCAGGUAAGACUCUUAUGAUCAUGCGUCCUGAUGAUGCCAACAUUGUUGGCAAUGUUCAUGGUGGCACUAUCCUGAAGAUGAUUGAGGAAGCAGGAUGCAUCAUUGGCACACGCCACUGCAAUACUCAAAACGGGGAUCGUUGUGUGGCUGCUCUGGCUCGGGUGGAGCGCACAGACUUCCUGCACCCAAUGUUCAUCGGUGAAGUGGCCCACGUCAGUGCUGAGAUUACCUACACCUCCAAACACUCGGUCGAGGUGCAGGUCAAUGUUCUCUCAGAGAACAUAGUCACAGGUGCCAAAAAAUUGACCAAUAAGGCAACGCUAUGGUAUGUCCCUUUCUCCCUUCCAAAUGUGGCCAAAAUCAUUGAAGUUCCUCCUAUUGAGUACUCCAGCCCAGAACAAGAGGAAGCAGGUAAAAAGAGAUAUGAGGCUCAGAAAUUAGAGCGAUUAGAGACCAAGGAGAGGAAUGGUGAGAUCAUCAUGUCUGUCUCUCUUCCAGAUAGACAAACAAAAGAACCCUACACAGUUGCAUUUAGUCAGUCGAGUCUGAUCCACCUUGUCGGCCCAUCUGACUGCACUCUGCAUGGCUUUGUACAUGGAGGUGUGACCAUGAAACUGAUGGACGAGGUGGCAGGGAUUGUUGCUGCUCGUCAUUGCAAGACCAACAUUGUGACGGCAUCUGUAGAUGCCAUUAACUUUCAUCGUAAGAUCAAGAAAGGCUGUGUCAUUACUAUUUCCGGCCGAAUGACCUUCACCAGUAAUAAGUCAAUGGAGAUUGAGGUUUUAGUAGAUGCUGACCCACUUGUGGAGACUGAGAAGGGAAAAUAUAGGGCUGUCACAGCCUUCUUCACCUACAUCUCCCUGGACAAAGACAACAAGCCCCUUCCUGUACCACCACUGAAGCUGGAAGGUGAAGAGGAGCAGAAGCGGUUUGAAGAAGGGAAAGCACGCUACCUGCAGAACAAGGCAAAGAGACUCGCAGAUAAGGAGCGACAACAAUGACUUUUACCACACAAACACCAUAUUGUGUUGUAGAUGAAAAGUAUUUAAUAAUAGAGCCUCAAUGUACAACAUACUUAAUAAAGAACCUCUGCUUUAUCCCACAUGUAGCUCACUAAAUAGAAAGAUAUAUAUAUAAAUACAGUAUAUAUAGGAAAAGUAUAUAGGUUUAAUUGAAUUUUCUGAGUUUUCCAAAGAACUUGUCUAUGUAUAUUAAGCGGAAAAAAAAAAUAUAUAUAUAUAAUUUAUGUUUUGUUGUAAAGAAUUAUUUGUGAAAUGUGCAGAGCUGUAUUAUGAACUAAUAAAAGCAUGCUAAUUCAACUACAACUGG